CGACACGUAUUGUAGACCAGGCCUCAAUCCUCCAUAAGCGAGCGUAAGUUUUAGUUAUUUUAUUAAUCGUGCAUGAACUGUGAGUAGUGUAGAAACGUAGUCACUUCUCAGUUUGUGAAAAUUUCCAAGGGACAAAAUCGAUUACCAUACAUCUUUGUCGGCAUGCUGUUAUGUUGGGUUCAAUACAAGUAAAUAUUUGCGCAUAGUGAAACGUUAUAUGAUUUUACAUUAUGGCAGGGACAGUAAAUGAUGAGAAUGUUUCGAAUAUUGGCGAUAAUACGACUAGAGAUGUUCUUAAUGAUGAGCUUCCUGGCGACUUGCAAGAGAUUGUGUCUAUGAAGACAGAAGAUAGCAUCCUACAAGAGAUAUCUGAACACAUUAAAUGCACUAUAAACUUACACAAGCCUGUGAUAGAAGUACAAGAGACUGAUACAAGAUUAGAGAUUAAUGGAGAUGGAGAGAUUAAUGUCAAGAAGAAUCACAAAGCAGAAUUGCAAAAACAAAUUGAAAUUGGAGAAAUCACGCCUUUUGAAGCAAUAUCUAAGCAGUCUGCCUUUGAGCAAAAAGAAGAGGCUAUAAGUAAAGAUACUCAAGUACUAGAUCUCGAGAAAUAUUUUAAACAGCAAGCUACCUUUGCUGAGCAAAAAAGGAAAUUGAAAAGAAUUCCUAAGGAAAAAGACAAUAUGGUACCAAUCAAAAAAUUGAAGCUAUCCACUGCAGACACAAAAACAUAUAAAAAAUUACAUAAAUCUAGGAGUGUUAAAAAUAUCAAAGAUAAUUGUGUGCAGAAUAAAAAUGGUACAGAUCCCUUAAAUAUAGUAAAUGAGACUUCAGACAACAGUUCAGGAAAUGAAUAUAUUCCUAGCGAAGAUGAAAUAGAGUCAGACGCAGAUGACAAAGCAUUGUCUAAAGGAAAGAAAAUAUCAGUAAAGUCAGCACAUACAUGCAAAAAAAGAACUCGAGAUGAUGGAGACAACCGAGUAUUCAAGGAAAGAAUAGAAGCAAGCAGUUAUCCCGAAAAUAAGGCAAUGCACAAACUUGAUAAUUUAUUUAAAGUACCACAAAGUAUUUGGGACAGGUUGUACAGAUAUCAGAAGAUUGCAGUUCAAUGGCUCUGGGAAUUACAUGGACGCAAACUAGGUGGUUUAUUGGGUGAUGAAAUGGGUUUAGGAAAAACUGUACAAGUUAUUGCAUUCCUUGCAGGUUUAGACUGCAGUGAAUUGCUCUCUCAUAAUGGAAGGUUUAGAGGAUUAGGCCCCACUAUAGUUAUAUGCCCUGUUACUUUAAUGGAGCAAUGGGUGAAACAUUUUCAUGAAUGGUGGCCUUUUGUCAGAGUAGUUGUGCUUCACCAUACUGGUGGUUACAAAGGAGACCCGGAAGAUUUAAUAGAAUCUCUACAAACUGGUGGAAUACUGAUUAUUUCAUACAACGGUGUUCUCAAACAUAAGGAUCUAAUCAUAUCUAGCCAAUGGCAUUAUGUUAUCCUUGACGAAGGCCACACGAUUCGCAAUCCACAAGUAAAGAUAAGCCGAGCUGUAAAGCGGCUUCAGACACCGCAUCGUCUAUUGUUAACUGGCAGUCCGAUGCAGAAUUCGUUGAAGGAGCUAUGGUCCCUGUUCGAUUUUAUCCUGCCCGGCAAACUCGGCACUCUGCCUGUGUUCUUGGAACAUUGUGCGUCACCGAUUACACGUGGCGGUUAUGUCAAUGCGACGCCAUUACAAGAAGCUACGGCUUUACAGGUAGCUACUAUGUUAAAGGAUACCAUUACUCCUUAUCUGCUCAGAAGAACGAAAACUGAUGUAAAGCAUCACCUCACGCUUCCUGAAAAGAACGAGCAGGUGUUAUUUUGCAGCUUAACGGACGAGCAGAAGAAGCUAUACAAAAAAUAUUUAUGCUCCGAGGAUGUAUCUUUUAUCUUACAUGAGAAAACUAAUCAUCACGAGAGCGGAAGAUACAGGGCGAGGUUUCUUAUCGCGUUAUCGGCGCUACGAAAGAUAUGCAAUCACCCCGAUUUGUUUUUGUACACGAGACAACUCGAUUCGGAGGAGGAUAUUGAUCUUUCCGAAGAAUUGUUGGAGAAGUUUGGUUAUUGGAAACGAGCUGGAAAAAUGACCGUGGUUCGAUCUCUUUUGAAAAUUUGGCAGAAACAGGGGCACAGAGUGUUACUUUUUACUCAAGGAAUACAGAUGAUACAUAUUUUGGAAUCUUUAUUACAACAUGAAGGAUACACUUACUUGAGGUUAGACGGUUCGACAGCGAUGUCUCAACGACAGCAUGUGAUACAAAUGUUUAACAAUAAUCCCUCGUAUUUUGUCUUCUUGCUAACAACGCGUGUAGGAGGUUUGGGAUUAAAUCUGACCGGCGCGAAUCGUGUGAUUAUCUACGACCCUGAUUGGAAUCCAGCAACGGACGCUCAAGCGAGAGCGCGCGCGUGGAGAAUAGGUCAGAACAAGCAAGUCACAAUAUAUAGAUUGAUCACCGCCGGUACUAUUGAAGAAAAGAUGUAUCACAGGCAAAUCUUCAAACUGCUGUUGUCAAAUAAAGUUCUCGACGAGCCUCGUCAACGCAGACUGUUUAAGACAUCAGAUCUAGUAGAGCUAUUCAAUCUGAACGAACCGACAAACGGCGAGACUUCGGAGUCUGAUCGUUUGUUCAAAGAGUCUAAAUUGACACCCGCAAGCAGUAGCUUUUCUCUCAGCAAAAUCAAGGAGAUGAGAGAACUGGCGUCGGCACUCAGUAAGAAGAUCAGCGCGACGAGUAGCGUUAAACCGACGCGUGAUGAAAAUAAAGGAACAAGCGACGGUGUUCACGAACGCAAACACGAAGAACAAAAUAAUAAUUUGAGUUGUAACCAGGCUCCCGCUGCGGAAAGCCAUUCGACCGAGAAUGAAACAUUAUGCCCUCAGCAAAUUAACAUGCAAGAGUCUUCGAGUGAAGACGUGAAUUCCAUCGCUGAUUCAAAUAUCAGGAGAAGAAGCGGCGACGCGAAUGACAACGGUACACUUAAGGACGAUUCUGAGUUGGAUACAACACUAACGAAUAUACCGAAUGACAAUAUCGCGAAAAAAGAAGACAGCAAAACUGUUUCGAGUGACAACAAAGUCGAGUCGUCGCAUACACGCAAACGUAAGAAGAGCAAAAGGAAAGAGAAAGGAAACAUCUCCGCUCUGUUCGAGGGUGAACGUAUCUCUUGUCUGAUCGGUCGUCGCCUAGGUCGUUCGGGUGAAAACGAGCAAUCUGUGUUGACCACCGACGAUGACUACGUGCUAAGGAAGCUAUUCGCCAAAUCGACCGUCAGCUCAGCAUUUAAGCACGAAGCAGUAUUAUCGAACACGCGCUACAACAGCGAUAACGAGAACACGAUGCAACGUUUCGCACGCGAAUCAGCGCAAGAAAGUAUGGGCUUUGUGCGUCAGUCAGGAAGGAUGUGCUGGAGACCAGCAUAGAUUAUAUUUUUUAAACAAAAGUUUAGGGUAUAUCAAUAUUUUCAUUUUUUGUAAACUUUAUUUAUAUAAUUGUAUAUUUCAUGACUUUUACGUCUCAAGUCAAGGCUGUGGAGAAACUACGAAUAUAUUACUUCAAAAGGUUUGUAUGUAUUUUUUAUUUUUUUUUUUUUAAGAGGUAUGUUCAUAUUGUAUACGCAUGUAUGAUUACCGUAUGUAUUGUACAAUGUAAUAACUUAGGUUUUUUUUAGUAAUAAAUAAGUUUCUGCAACAUAUUAAUGUGCGAUACUAUCGUCACUUGUACAUACAUACAUUUUACAUAAUACAUUAUGCUUAAGUUAUAAAA